AUUCGAUGCCAGUUCACAGAGGAACGCCGGCCGACUCAAAACGAUUCGGUGAAAACAUAACAUUACAUUAAACCUUGGAACUUACCAAUUGUUACAUUACACUAAUCAAAGUGAAAUACACGUGUAGUAAAACUGCAAUACAUAUGGCCUGUUGUACAGUGUGCCCUUCUUAAUAAAUGUGGUCAGUACUAAUAUACUAUCUAGGAUGCAGUGUUCCAAAUAGGCAAUGAUGGCCCUUAUUUAAACGUAUUGCAUGAAGACGAUGUCAAGAAGACAAAGCAAUGAAUGACAAUUCAAAGAGGGCCUUAACAGGCUCGAUUCAUAAAAUAAGAGAGUUUGAGUUAGAAAAAGUUUGCCUGGUUGAAGAAUUUGACAUUCUGCAAAUUGUUGGUGAAGGAUGGUUUGGAAAAAUACUUUUAGUGGAGCAUAGAGCUUCAGACACUGAAAUAGUUUUAAAGGCACUACCGAAACCUUAUGUAUCAAUAAGAGACUUUUACAGAGAAUUCCAUUAUAGUCUACAUUUAAGUGCACAUAAAAACAUCGUCACUACAUUCGACGUUGCGUUUGAGACUGCGGGUUUUUAUGUAUUUUGUCAGGAAUAUGCACCUCUUGGUGACCUUACUUCUAACAUGCUGGAUACAGGAAUUGGAGAAAUACACACGAAAAGAGUGGCAAAGCAACUUGCAGCCGCUCUUGAACAUUUACAUCAGAGGGAUUUAGUCCACAGAGAUGUUAAGCUGGAUAACAUUCUCAUUUUCAAGUCAGACUUCUCAAGAAUUAAAUUGUGUGACUUUGGAGAGACGAGGAAGGUUAAUUCAGUCGUAAGACGGCGAAAUGAAUGGCUGCCCUAUUCCCCACCUGAAGUGCUGAAAUUGUCUAUGGAUAGUUCUUACAAGGCAAUCAUAAGCCAUGAUGUCUGGCAAUUCGGUAUUGUAAUCUUCAUCUGCCUCACUGGGUGCUUACCGUGGCAGAAAGCAGCUUUCGAUGACCCGAGAUAUUUAAGCUACUUCAACUGGUACAACACCUCGAAUCCAUUAAAAAAACAACCGAAGCUAUGGAAAAUGGUAUCUUCGAGAGCUCAAAAAAUCUUUAAGAAAUUUGUUGAACCAAGAGUAGAAAAAAGAGCUAUCAAUUUCAGUGAACUAUCAAGAUAUAUGGAUGAUCGUUGGAUGGCUAAAGGCUAUACGGAUAGAGUCGCUGGAGGGGACAUUGACGAACUAUGUCCAUCUAUGUACAGUUUCCACAGUGAUCCUAAUGAAAAAAAUAUUUUACUAAAACAUUUUAGAGAUAAUGGUGUAGAAACAACGGUGGACAGGCAAGCAAAAAAGCAAAGAAUUCGUGAUUGGAUUCAAAAUAGUGUAAUUGAGGAAGUCGACGAAGAGGAAGAGAGCACAUUUGAGCCCACACCUUACGAUGACAGUGAAGUAGAACUAGAAGAUACGCCUAGGUCUCAUCCUAUUGAUGAAAGUCAUAGAGUUACCCUGCGAUACGAUACGGAGAAACAUAUCAAUCCACGAACUGGCGAAGUUAUCGAUGGAGUCAAACGAUCAUCUGGUGAUAAAAAUCCACUCUCCUACGAUGUUCAAAACCUAGAGCCAGUGGCACCAGAUAGUGUUGUCAGGCGAUACGGACUAAAAGAGGAUAAUAAUCUAAACAAUUCUACAAAAGACAGCGCCUAUGGUUCGUUAGAAGCUGGCAAACCUUCAGAAUAUUAUCAAGUAACAUCAGCGGGAAGAGUAUCUUCGAAUUCUCCAAGCAGAUCACUAAGCGCUGUAUCAUUACAACAAAACAAGCUUCCUUUAUCAUCUCAUGCUCAACGUUUCCAAAAAAGUGAAGAAGUGUUUUCUAAAGAAUUAGAUAAUAUAAAGGGAAGUUCAUCUACAAUUCAUUCGCAAGCAAAUUCAUCUAGAUCAAAUAGCGUUCAAGUAACACGAAACAGCUCUUUGGAUAGUUCUACAAAUCAUAAAGAGAGUUCUCUCGAAAAUGAACCCCCUAAUGUUACAAGGUCUAAUGAUCCUGUUAUAACCCAGAAUGGAUUCAGUCCUGGAGUUAAAAGUGGAGACCAUGCUGAAGAACCGUAUGUGUCAAUGAAAAAUACUGUUUACGAAAUUGUUAGUAACCGAAGUGAAACAGGAUAUAACAAAAGAGAAAGUCCUGUUAAAAAUAACAUCACAAGCGAUAGUCCCUACACAUCAAUGUUAAAUAUAGUACAAGGGCAGAUAAAAAUUAGUCCGCACGGGAAAGAUAUUAAUAAAAAUGUGGUUAACGUUUCAGUUACACAAAUGAAUCGGAAAAAAAUGUGAGGUUUGCUCAAGUUAGAUUUGUAACAAAAUUACAAAAUAUUAA